AUCCUCUGAAGAUGCCAGCCACAGAUGCAGGCGAAAAGUCAGGAGAAAAUGCUUCUAGAACAUGGCCAUGCCAGCCUGGAAACCCCACAAUACCCCACUUAUCUAUCCUUAAUUAAAAGUUCAUUCUUUUCACAAUGUAAUAUAGCCAACACUUAUUUAUUCAUUCUUUUCUUAAUAUAUCCCACACUUACCUGUCUUAUCUUUAAUUGAAAGUUCAUUAUUUUCUUGAUAUACUAUAGCCAAGACUUACCUGGCUAUCUUUAUUUGAAAUUUUUUUCUUAAUAUAUCCAACACUUCCCUGUCUAACUUUCACUGGACUUUCUUGAUAGAAUAUAUCCAGAUCUUACCUGUCUAUUUUUAAUUGAAAACUUACUUGUUUUCUUAAUGUAUAGUCUAAGCCACAUUUAUCUAGCUGUUAUUUAAAAACUUGUUGGUUUCUUUAAUAUAUAACAUAAAUAACAUGUAAUAUAUAUGUUACUUAAAGUCCAUUGUUUUCAUAAUGUAUAAUGGAUGCAAUACUUCUCUAUCUUUUAAGUGGAAGUCUGUUUUUGAAAUGUACAACCUUUUAAAAAUUUGAAUAUUUAUUGUUCUUUAAAUAUAUCCAACAUUUGCCUAUCCAACAUUUGCCUAACCCUAACUCCACAACACUUAUCUUUUGUUUUUAAUUGACAGUUUACUGUUGCUUUCCUAACACGAAAGAGACAAAACACAUAUCUUUUGUUUUUAAUUGACAGAUUACUGUUGCUUUCCUAACAUGAAAUAGACAACGCUUGAGUAUAUGAUAGGCUUUCCCAUCCGUAAUUGUAGUCCUCUCCCUAGAACCAAGCAAAAGGGAGUUGGGGAAAAGAAAAGGGAAAAAAGGAAAGAAAAUCAAGAAAGAGAGCACUAUAUUUAUAUCUGAGUUCUGAGAAAUCUUGCUUAAUCUGACUCCCUGAGUCUAAAGAGGAACAUAAUGAUUUCAGAUGGGGUAGGGGGUGAAGAGGGGGAAAUGCAGAAAUAAAGGUCUGUCUGUUGCUGCAAAAUUAAUGUUCGCUCCCACCUGCCAAAGCAGAGAAGCUGGAAUAAAUGUCAGGGCACCGCUGGACUCGUUAAAUUAUUAUUGUGUAUUACUGUGGUUCGGAAGCUGCCCCGGGUGAAUCUUUGCUGGGAAUAACGGGGUGCAAAUAUUUUAACGCAACAGAUAUUUAACAAUACGGAAGUAUUUAAAUAACACAACUGUGUAUGUCUGGGGUACCGUUCUUCAGUGAAUUGUGGGAGAAAAGGGAGGGGUCAGUUCUACUUGUUUUUACUGCUGCAGGCUAGCUGUGUAAUUGCACUGGGGGAAAUAGGGUUUCUCUGUUUCAUCUGAUUGGGGGUGUGUUUAUUACCUUAUCUUCAGGCAUAGCAUCCUGUACGGAACAGGUUUUCCUUGACUGGAUGUAACAAAGGCGUCAUAAUAAGGUAAAGGUUUUGUGUCAGCGAAUGCGGGAAACAGCAUUGCUGCUUCGUGGGAGCAAACGGCAAGAGGCUUCCCGCUCCGUGCCAAAUCUGCUGAGCAGUUUUCAUCGGUCGCGUUGUUAUUUUGUCAUAGAAGCAGGAAGACAAAGCAGGAUUUAAUGUUUUGUGUGGCACCCCAUGGAAUAGGAUCCACCAUGAAUGUAACCAAGGGUGGUCUGGUGCUCUUCUCGGCCAAUUCCAACCCGUCAUGCAUGGAACUAUCAAGAAGAAUCUCUGAGCGCCUCGGAAUUGAGAUGGGGAAAGUCCAGGUUUAUCAGGAGCCAAACAGAGAAACGAGGGUGCAGAUCCAGGAGUCUGUGCGAGGGAAAGACGUCUUCAUCAUCCAGACGGUGUCAAAGGAUGUGAACACAAUCAUCAUGGAACUCCUGAUCAUGGUCUACGCCUGCAAGACCUCCUGUGCCAAAAGCAUCAUCGGCGUGGUCCCCUACUUUCCGUACAGCAAGCAGUGCAAGAUGCGCAAACGGGGCUCCAUCGUCUCCAAGCUGCUGGCCUCCAUGAUGUGCAAAGCAGGUCUGACUCAUCUGAUCACUAUGGACUUGCAUCAAAAAGAAAUCCAGGGCUUCUUCAACGUCCCGGUCGAUAACCUGAGAGCGUCGCCAUUUUUGCUGCAGUACAUCCAAGAGGAGAUUCCAGACUACAGGAAUGCUGUGAUUGUGGCCAAAUCGCCUGCCUCUGCGAAGAGGGCGCAGUCGUUUGCCGAGCGUUUGCGGUUGGGGAUCGCUGUCAUACACGGGGAGGCCCAAGAUGCCGAGUCGGACCUGGUGGAUGGACGUCAUUCGCCCCCCACAGCCAAAAACGUUGCUGCCAUUCACCCGAGCUUAGAGAUCCCAAUGCUGAUUCCAAAAGAGAAACCGCCCAUCACUGUUGUCGGAGACGUAGGAGGAAGAAUAGCCAUCAUAGUGGACGACAUCAUCGACGACGUUGACAGCUUCCUGGCCGCCGCCGAGACUCUCAAAGAACGAGGGGCCUACAAGAUCUUUGUCAUGGCCACCCACGGCCUCCUUUCCUCGGACGCCCCCAGGUUGAUAGAGGAGUCUGCCAUUGACGAGGUGGUGGUCACCAACACCAUUCCGCACGAGAUACAAAAACUCCAGUGUCCCAAAAUCAAGACUGUGGACAUCAGCCUGAUCCUCUCCGAGGCCAUCCGCAGAAUUCACAACGGGGAGUCCAUGUCGUACCUUUUCCGAAACAUAGGCCUGGAUGACUGACCGUGCCUCGGAGGCUUUUGCAAGAGAAAAAUUCAGGGGCCAAAAACGGAACACGGACCGUAAAUUUCAAACUGUGAAUCUUUGUGGCUUCAUCCUUUGUAUUUCAACGGAAUCCUCCCUCUUCCCCCCCCCCCCCACACACACACAUCUCAGCAGUUGAGUUGCUCUCCUCCCGUGCUUUAAAUUUAGUAACGAGAUUUUUGAGAAGCUAUUUUUUCCCCCUUUGCCAUGUUUGUGAAAAACCAGACUGGACCAAAAAAAGAAAAAUACCCUUCAGGGGAAAAAAAUUAGCCUCCGUUAGGUUAGCUGCGCUCCUUUACAGGCAGUUGCGUCUUUGGAGAGAAUGGUGGUUUGUGAAAGAGCUUUUUUUUCUGCAGGAGAACAAUCCCAAUGUCAGGUAAGCAGGUUGGUCACCCGGCAUGAGGUCCUUUUCUUAAUGAGACGCGUAGAGGGGUCCUUGAAGAAUCCACAAGCCAAAAGCUUUCCCUCGCCAGACGAAGAUCGCAAGCGAGAGUUAAAGGGAUCCUUUGCAAGAGUUCCUCCGCCCCUCACCGGCUGGCUCUCGAGCUGCUUCCGUCUCCUUCUUGGAGGCCUGUGUUGAACUUGGUGGAUCGUGCCGGAAGAAAACGCACGCACAACACUCCGGAGGAACUCGGCUCCUCGACGAAGCGUUCCUCGUUUCCCAAACCGCUUGUGCAGCCAACUGCUUUUGCAAGGGCUGGUUGACGUCAACGCCUCGCGUCUGCCAAGCCAAAAAAUAAUAAUUUUGUGCCGUUGUCUGCGAUUCACUGUCUCUUUUUUCUGUAGAAAUGCUUUUAUAGGAAAGGCGUAUGGAAUAUGCACCGGUAUUUAUUUUCUGUGACAAAAUAAAAUCUGGGUGUUUUUUUU